CACCAACGUCCUUCGAAGCUUGGUAACUACAUUUAAAAUGGUUAAGAUUGUGGUCAAGAAGGGGGAUCAAGCUUUUUUUAUGAUCGACCGUCCUCCGAGCACUCCUAUUGAGGAAUUAAUAAACGAAAUUUGCGAAAUAUACAAUGGAAUUCUUAAAAUUCAUCGGAUAUGUGGAGAAAUGGAUGAAUUAUCAAAACAUGGUGUUACGUUGCCACCAAAUAUGCAAGGUCUUACAGAUGAACAAGUUUGUGACUUAAAACUUGAAGAUGAAUGGGGAAAAAAGUGCAUUCCUAGCGGCGGUUAUAUUGAAUGCAAGGAUGAAAUAGGUAGAAGAAAUGGUGUCGCACCAACUGAAAAAAUGGUCGAAGUACUAAAGAGGACAAUCGAUGAAUCAAAACGUCUUAUAUCUCGCGACCUAGUCAAGCAAGAUAUCACCUUAGAGAAAAGUGUUGUUCGAGAAGCAUUGAUGAUGCUAAGUGGCGCAGUCACUAUCGUUUAUCCUAUGGGUCUUCCACCAUAUGAUCCUAUCAAAAUGGAGUUUGAUAAUGAAGAAGAUUUAAGUGGAACACAAGCAUCUCAAGAAGUAAUCACAGCCAACGAUGCAAGUUUAUGGUUUUCCGGUAAAGAAAUGCAUCGUGGUAAAUUACUCGCCGAUUAUAUUGGUCAUAAUGAUAAAACGAAAAUUAUUGCCAAAUUAUCAAAACACGGUGUUGGCGCACCAGCACGUGAACCAAUUAUCAAUGAUGAACAACAACGUGCUAUGAUGGCUUAUUAUUAUAAAAGACAAGAAGAAUGGAAAAAACUCGAGGCGGAUGAUGACGACUCCUAUUUGAAUUCAGCAUGGGCUGAACCGAAUCAAUUGAAACGACAAUUUCAUGGUUUAACUAAUAUUAAAUGGGGUCCAAAAUAGAAAGAAGUAAGUGUAUGAAAGAAAGAGGAGGAGGAGGAGGAGCAAGAGAACAUGAAUGGAUAAUAAUUCAACAGAUUAAUAGUUCAAUAAUAGUAAUCGUCGUUCAGUUUUGUUUUAACUGACGAACUGUAUUUUUUGUUUGUUUGUGACAUGUAAAUACUUACUUUUAAGAAUUUAUUGACUGAUUG